AUGACUCAACCGAAGAAGGAUCAUGCCAGUGAAUUGCUAGAUAAGUAUUUCGGUGAUGCGUAUCUCUUUGAGCACGCCAAUGCAUUCUUUCGAGAAAAGGUAUCACCGAAAGAUACUACCAACCUUACCACACCACCUACUAUAACCUGUGCUAGUUUUCUUCGUUUCGCAAACUGUACAGUAGAUGAAAAAAAUAUCAGUUCUCUAUGUGAAGCUGCGGGAUCAAGUUCCAUUGUAGAAGCUGUAAAAGGAGAAGAUGGUUCGUGGUGUUUACGUCGUCGUCGUUUCCUCGAUCCAAAAGACGAUCCCGCUCUUCGAAGUGUUGUAGUUUGGCCCCUCCAUCGUGCCUCCAAACCGGAUGAGGUGACUGCCUUUUUUAAUGCCUAUGGUGUAGUGGAGUCUGCCACUGUGAUGAUGCGACCUCACGGGGAUACGCAGCCGCAUGCCUCAUUUGUGGUCCGUUUUGCCACCGUUGAGGAGGCGACGAAUUGCACAAAAGCGAAUAUUUCUUUUGGUAAAGCACCUUCAGCCUUGGCGCAACACUUUUUACCGGCACGUGUACACGCCGUGUUGAUGGAGGAGUAUCUUGCCAAAAUGGAGGAGAAGAAUCGUGUGAAGGAGGAAUCGCAGUUGCAGCAUAAUGUCGUGAAGGCGCAGAAGGCAUUAGCGGAACUGCAGGAUAACAGCGUGAGGCGUUUUCUGCGUAAAGGCGUGACACUGAAAGUGGAAGGGGUUCCACCCGGGACAACGUGGCAGACAAUGAAGAUGAAAUUGGGCAAUCUCAGUAUUACGAACCCAGUCCUAAAGAAAGGCAUCACAUUACUGAGAGUGGAAGAGCCUGAAACAUCAUCCUCAUCAUCAUCCGGAGAUGCGGCAGCAGCGGGAUGUAAACAACGACGUGCGUUUGUGAUUUGCCGCGAUGAAGCCGUUGCAAGAGAACUGCGCUCCUCCUUCAGUUUGGCCGAUGGAGACUUUGGUCGGGAGCUGCGGGCGGUGUGCCCAAAUUUACUCCCACUCACAGACGCAGAGGAGGAGUACGCACGGCAGCACUUUCCACAGUGGUGUGAGCGCCGCGUGGAGGCAAAGCAGGCGGAUAACCGAAAGCGUCAGCGGAAUUUUUGA